GUACUUGGUGUGUUGAACAACAGAUUCGCAGCAGCAGUAGAAAGGGAAAGUUAUAACUUAAGGCUUCAAAUUGUGUUUUCUGAAUGAUGAACUACAGUCGUUUGUUAGUAAUAAGUGUUUUAUUUUGAAAGUUUUGCCCGGAAAUGUCAUUCCUUGUUCAUGCUGGCUAACGUGAUCCUUGUGUGCUCUGGACAAGGGGGUGCAUGGGUGAAACAUGGCCGCCGUAGACCCAACGGAGUCUCCAAAACGACAGAAAUCCCCUGCGGAGGAGGUGGAAACAUCUGGGGAGAAGACCGAGGCGGUGGAGUCGGGAUGCGGCUUAAAUCAGAGAGACCAAACAACAUGUAAUAAAACCGCGGAGAGCCCCGACGAUGAGCGGAGAGCCAAUGUUGGUAACGACGGCUGUUAUAUUGCCAGCCAUUCUGAGGUUAGUGUCGAGUCCGGUGCUGGAGCUGACAAAACGACAUGUAAUUCGCCGGAGGACCUAACGUUGGCUGAAAAAAUGGCCGAGGCUGCUGGCAGCGAACAGCGGGCUUUCGACUGGUCCGAAACUGAAGAUGACGAUGAGGAGGCGAAAUCACGGAGGAAGGAAAAUGAUAAGUGUGACAUGGAUAAUGUUACAGAGAGUGCUGAAAAAGUGCAGCAGGGUGCACAUGUUGAUGAUAACAUUGCUGCCGAUGCUGCAGAGGUUCACAAAGAGGAAAACUCACAUGACAAUGAUAAGAAGAGCACAGAGAAGGAACUGGAGGAGCUGGUGGGAGACGUGGACGGGAUAGAGGAUGUGGUUGAAGAUGAUGAGGAGGCAGACCGAGGGGGGGACGCUGAUUCGGCAGCUAAGCCAAAAAAGUGCCGUUUGGUGUGCAAGGAGUGCGGGAAGAAGUUCAACCGCCGCGAGACGUUCAACCUGCACCGCCACUUUCAUGCACACGAGGAUGAGCUCAUGCCCCUCACCUGUAAAGAAUGCGGCCUUUCCUUUCAGCACCGCAGCAGCCUCAUUAAACACAGAAAUGAACAUAAAGAGAAGGAGGAGCAACUUGUCACUCCAAAGAAAGAGGUGCAUGUAAUGGAGGAAGGUUGUUUUGAAUGUGCAGAAUGUAGGAGGAUCUUUUCUACAGUGGAUAAGCUGAGGGACCAUAACUGCAGCAAUACAGUCGAAAAGCCUUACCACUGCCCCCUGUGCCGCCAAGAGUUCCAGUUUAAGGUGUCUGUCACUAAGCACAUGAUGAGCCACUCCCAGGAGAGCAUGUUUACAUGCCAAGAGUGCAAUCAAACUUUUCCAAACACCAUGGCCCUGCGCUAUCACCAGCGAUGUCAUACCGCCCUCAAGCCCUAUGAAUGCCCAGAGUGCGGCAUGGUUUUCAAACACUACUCUGUCAUGGAAGACCACCGUCGCAAACAUACAGACAACACACGUUCUCACCUGUGCAACAUCUGCGGCAAGACCUUCAAGUACAGUAGCCUCCUCCAUCAGCAUCAGUAUCUUCACACAGGCCAGAAGCCCUUCCGCUGCCCUGAAUGCGGCAAAAAAUUUGCCUUCGCCCAGAACAUGAAGGCACACUGCCGUCAGCAUAGACUGCGUGAAACCAACUCCUCCAGUGAAAAGCCCUGCAAACAGGCAUCUGUGCCUGUACCGGAGGCAGUUAGAGGGCUAGGGAAAGAGAAUACACACCAGAGUGAGGACCCAAAACGCACAUUCAAAUGCCCUCUUUGUCCCCAGACUUAUUGUGCACCAGCUAACUUGAGAGCCCACAUGCUUAUUCACGAGGCUGAGUAUGAGACGCUGGAGAGAACACCCAGACCCCCAAGGGAGAUUAACAAGUACUGUGAAAAAGGAUACACCUGUCCACACUGCCCUUGCGUUUAUCGUGAUGAAUCCAGUUUAAAUGUACAUUUGUUAAGUGUCCACAAGUCUGUAGCACAAUAUUUAGAAAAGGUGGCAGCACCACCUAAAAAACAAUUUAAUCUGUUAAGCAGUGAUAACAUGCAGGCGAAAUGGAGAAGCGAUGGCAUAAGUAUUAAGUCAUACAAGUGUUCUGAGUGUGGAAAAACCUUCCGCCAUCGCUCAGUGUUAGAGCUGCAUAUGCGAAUACAUUCCAAGGACAAGCCUUACCAGUGCAAAGUGUGUGGCAAGGGCUUUAGAUUCAGUAGCUACUUACAGCAACAUCUCAUCAUACAUACAGGCAAGAAGCCAUACAAAUGUCCCGACUGUGGGAAGGACUUUGCCUUCCUGCAGAACAUGAAAACACAUCAAAAGCUGCAUCAGGAGAAACCAUUCCGCUGCACCAGCUGCCGUAAAGGCUACAGCGAUGAGACCCAACUGCAGCACCAUAUGCUAUCGCACAAUGGUGACAAACCUCAUAAGUGUGACCUGUGUGACAAGAGCUUUGGAUUGGCCUAUCUUCUCCGUGAUCACAUGAACACACACACAGGAGAGAGACCUCAUCGCUGUGAUGAGUGUCACAAAACCUUUUCCUGGUUUAGCAGCCUGCUAGUACACCAGAAAAUUCAUGCUCGCAAACGCCAAGGUUUCAGCCAGUACAAUUCUUUCCCAAUUGGUGCUAGGAUGAGAGGCAGGGGUAGCAGGGGGAGGAGAGGGGGGAGGCUUGUGUGGAGCUGGUCUAGACCAUUGGGAGGCUCAGGGAUGGUUAACUCUCAGCCAUCUCCAUUUCAAGUUUCUGCAAUAAGAGAGGCUGAGUUGCAUAGAAGCGCCGUGCAGCCACAGUCUUCCAUGCUCUCAUCUCGCAUGGAUUUACAAAGCAGGCAUCAGAAGGAGCCGUGGAUGUCAGAGCUACACCCUCAACCUGUGCAGUGGAAGGUGGACGGUGGAGAGGUAAUGCCUGUCCCAUCAUCACAGCAGCAACACACAGCUCCACAGCAGGCACAGUUUGACAGCCUGCCACAACCAGGCCUACAGCAGCACCAUCAUAGAACUUCAGGCUGGGCAGAUAGCCCCACAUCUGCUCAAACUUUAGAGUCAUCACACAUCAAGGAGAAUACAGCUUCUAUUGUCAGCUCCCACUUGGUGUCAGUGCCAAAAAAAUCCAGCCCAUUGACAGGGAGUGAGAUGGAGCACCACAGGCAGGCCAAGCCUGUAACUUGGAGUAAUGCACCUACAUCCACAGUGCUAGCUUCCUCAAGCUCUCUGCAACAUGAUUUCUCUGUCCCCUCUCCCUAUAUUGAUGGGGCAGCUCUGUGGAGCGUCAGACCCGCUUCACUAGCAAAUUCGCGGAGUUCUCCAAAUAAGCUUGGUCAAGAGCUUCAGCUGCCAAGAUGGCCAGGUGCCCCAGUGUCAACACAGAAGGAGCCAUCCACACCACCUAAAAAAGAGGACAGUAGAGUGAGGGACAUGAAUAAUCCUCAAGUAAUACCGUCGACUGUUAGCCAGCCGGAGAAGCCGUGGAACGGCUGUGAGCCGCAGAAGCAGUGGGCUUCAGGCUUAGCAGGUGCAUCCACCUCAGCUCAAAUAGACCAAAGCAGUGCUAUGCCAAUUUCAACUCCUGUUUCUCUCGGGGUAGGUAACACCUUAUGGGACAUACAAACACCACCGGGAAUUCCAAAGACUAUAAACUCCCCUGAGAAAUUAGUAAAUAAUCAAGAUUUUCAGCUGCAGCAAAAGCAGGUGUCAUCUGGCUGGGCCAAUGUACAAAGUCAGACAGCGACACAGAAGGUUCCCAUCUCCAUUCAAUACGAGCCUCAUCGGUUUACCCAGGGGAUGGGAACGCCAGUAUGGGGCUUCCAAAGUAAUCCCGUGGGUCCUCAAACGCUGCUCACUGGGAAACUCAAACCAGGGAAUGGACAGGAGCUGCAGCAACAACCACUGGUAACGGGCACUCAAAUAAUUAUAAAUCAGCCUUCUCCCUUUUUCUCACCUCCACUUGCUCCGCUCCCUCCUCUUGCUUUGCCUGGCCCUCACCCUCUUCACUCUGUCGCAGUUGGUGCACUUCCAAGACCUCCACACCCAAAUAUUUUUUUCACACCACAGGCAGUCAUGAGCGAGAGGCCACACAUGCCACAGACCCUGCCCCUACCUCAGCUUGCCCCACGGACAGAACCUCACAAACUCGGACCCCGUUUGCCUUUUGCCCCAGAACGACUUCUCCAGUGCAUGAUAUGCGGGUGCUCUCUUCCUCGAGAGCUUGAUCUACAGAUGCAUUACUUGCAACAUGCACAGGGAGAGAUUUGACAUUUCUACACUAGCAACAAGACUUAGUUAUGUUUUUAUAUAUAUAUAUAUAUAUAUAUAUAUAUAUAUAUAUAUAUAUAUAUAUAUAUAUAAUUUUUAUUCAAUGGAACCUCAUUUAUUUGACCCUCAGUAGUGCAGUUUGACCAGUUGAGUGGAUGGGCAUUAGAAACAAAAAGCUAAAAGUGGAACUUGAUUUAGUCUGCACACUUGAUGCACGUUUUAUUUAAAGUCAGAGUGUUGCUUGAAAUUAAGGGGUGUAUACACAUGCCAUUGAAUUAGUUUCACUCUUUUUGAAAUGCAUUAUCAGUUAUCCAAAUACUUAUCUGGUUUAAAUAACUUCUGAUGGUUGCAGAUAAAUGAGGUUCUGUGGUCUACAUUUCAUUUAUUGCCAAUGACAUUUAGAUUUAGAUAAUAUUAGUACUUUUAUAGCUCUGAUCAUAUGUCCUGAACCAUUUGAACUGUGUUUCUUCAUGUACAGUAUAAUGUGUGCCUUUUAUGAGUACAGUCUGCAUGUCUGCUGUCUUGGUAUUCUAGGCCUAGUUUGUGCUUAAGGUAGACUCAACAAUGUGACCUCACUCCCAAAACAGAGCAACUCUUUCUAAGAUACUGUAAAGAAAUGUAAGUUUUUGCUUUUGGGGCGGGGGGGGGAGUUUGGGGAAACGGUUGUAGUGCUCACAGAUUACUGUCAGAAUAUACAAUGAAAAGCUGACAACACACAGUUACAAUCCUGGAAGGAAGCACUUGUAUUCACAGGGCCACGGGCUGGGUCCCAAUGUGUCAUAAGAAAGGUUCUCAUCGUGAUAAUUUGGUUAGAGCAAAAGUAUUUGAAAACAAAAUGUGACGGUUACACUUAAGGUCAUUUUCACAGUAAGUAUUUUCUGUAAAUGUAACUUUUGGGUGAUUAUUGGGAAGAAGGAGAAAGUAGCGUCAUUACACAAUUAUUUCUGACACUGUUAUCAAAUAGUGAAUUUUGUAAUAAAUUCAGUUUGGAUUAAGUGAUGUUUGUCAUUAAUAUUUUUUACAAUGACAAGACAAACAUGAAACUGAUGAUCUAAAAUGUAUGUUUUGCUCUAACUGAUCCAGUCAAAUUCAGCUUAUUGAUGACUGAUGCACGUUAUAAUUAGAUUCUAAACUUAUUCUGCUUGCCGGUGCUGAGCACCUACUGUAAACUGAUGAGUGCCAUGUAAUGUGUAUCUCUUACCAGAUUACCAUUUCAGAUUAGAAUGUACCCACAUUUAUAAAAAUGAAGUCCACUUGAGUGCAAUUCAAUGUAUUAUUUGUGAAUAAUGAAUGAUUUCAUUCCAGAACUGUAGACUUAGAUGAAUACAGAAUCCCAUCUCCUCUCUUAUUAAAAUGGGCAUUUGAGAAACUUUGGUCACAAGUGACUGAAAAUCUUCAUUACUACUGUAAAAUUAACACAAGGUCCAUUUGUUUAAAAAAAAUACAAAAAAACAGUUCCUGUGUGUUUUAAGAAUCAGCGUCUUAACAUAUAAAAACAUAUGCCCUUCUACCUCUAUCCACUGUUUUAGCAUGGAAAGAAAUAGAAAUUUCCCAUGAUGUCUACAUAUUGGAUUAAAUAAAACUUGCCUUUGAUUACAA